AAUAGCGACUUGUCAUUGUGGAUAUGUGUCAAGUUGCGAGCUGCCGGAGGGCAUUAAAACUUCGAUUUUCAUUCAUUAGCCGCUUCAGUGACUAAAUACACAAGCUGUGUCCAUGUAAAGCCCAGUGCGAAGUGCCUCGUAGAUAAUUUUUUCUGUUCGACCCCUGCCGGUUUGUUGGGGCACUUAAAGCAUUUCGAUUGCGUGAGAAGCCUGUUUGAACACUUUAUGGAGACUGUGAAGAAAGUAGAGAAGACAAAGCCUCCUCAAAAACCACCCAGACCUAGUAUAAGAAAAGUCUGUGCGAACUGCAAAUGUCCCCGUGAGAACCAUGAUCUGUCUGUAGAUGUUGAUGCUGAUGUCGACGUGGACGAAGUUCAAUUCAAAGUAAAAGGCCUUAAAAUCAACUCGGACACGAACCGCGAAGAUGAUUUACCAUCCCCUCCCCCGCUGUCAAAUAACAAUGAAUACCCAACGAUGAGGGUUUUUACUACUCAAUCCUCCCCUGUGGAUAAUGACUUCUUUCCCCCUCCGCCCCCUCCCUCAACGGCCUCAGAUUACCUUUGGUCACCUCCAGGGUUGACAACUGGUCAGGUGGAGGCUUACAUGAAGUCCCUACCAGAGGAUAGAAUUCCCAUCGCUGGUACACCAGGAGAAGAUUAUUACAUAAAACAGCGCGUAUAUCAAAACCCACCACAAGACAAAGCACCCGUGCAUUUCUCAAAUAUUCCCGAGCCUCAAAGAGAAGCUUUUGUUCAAUUCUGGAAUAACGAAGACAAUGCAAGAGGAACCGGAAAGGUCAAAGUUCCACUUGGAAGAAGAGAGAAUUGCCAAUCGUGUUUCAAGACCAUCCCUAAAGGUGACGUGGUGGUUUCAGCUGAGUUUGAUGACAAUGAAGUGUCAUGUUAUCACGCUGCAUGCUUCUGCUGUGCGACUUGUUGGGAGCUGUUGGUAGACCUCACUUACUUCCGGUAUGGAAACAAAGUCUACUGCGCAAGACAUCACGCUGAGUUGUCAAGGCAACGUUGCUACGGAUGCGACGAGCUUAUCUUUACUGGAGAAUACACCAUAGCCAUGAACAAAAGCUGGCACUUGGGUCAUUUCCGAUGCAACGAGUGCGACGUCAGUAUCACAGGCAAGCAGUUUAUUGUCAGAGACGAAAAGCCCGUAUGCGUUGACUGUUUUGACUGCAGAUUUGCUAACGUGUGUGACUACUGUCAUGGCAAGAUUGGCCCUGAUGCUAAAGACGUGUCAACGGCUGACGAUCGACAUUGGCACGAAAUGUGUUUCCUGUGCGAGUUGUGUCGGAAACCUCUGCGAUCAGACGGAAAAUUUACUUUCUACAAGGAGCAAGUUCUGUGUAAUGAUUGCUACAUCACGAACUUCCAGAAGACGUGUGAAGGAUGCCAUUAUGCCAUCGAGUCUGGAAGCGCGCGCUUGGAAUAUAAUGGCACCUACUGGCACGAAGAAUGCUUCAAGUGCGCCGUCUGUCGGGAAGCCAUCGGGACCAGCGGUUUCGUUCCAAAAGAUGACGAGUUCUAUUGUCCAGGAUGCUACCAGAAUUUGCAUGCCAAGCGUUGCGCGGAUUGCGGGGAGCCACUUUCCGAAGGCGGUGUCCUUUACAACGAACAGACCUGGCAUAAGGAAUGUUUCAGUUGUUUUACCUGCCAUGAAUCGUUGGCAUCUCGACCAUUCUCCGUGCACAGUGGCCACCGCUACUGCAUCGAGUGUUAUGGAAGGUUCCUGGCCAAGCAGUGUGAGGUCUGCUUUAAACCAAUUAUUGGCGGUGAAUACUUCACGUUAGAGGAAUCAAAUUUCCACAAAGAGUGCUUUAACUGCACUCGGUGUCAGCGGUCUCUGGCCAAUGAGGGAUUCGUCAGGGAGGGGGUUGAACUUCUAUGCGCCAGUUGUGCUGAUUGAACGGAGGCGCACAAGUUGAACGAAUAAGAAUUUAUGCAAGUCUAUAAGGGAAAAAUUGUAAAUCUAUCAGAACAAUAUUUUAUGAGUUCUUCUUAUGUUUCCAAAGUAGGCUUGUUUUAUUGAAUUGGCAAUGAAGAUUAUUUGUUUUCAUCCAAUAAACCGACAAUCCUAGCGUACAAGUAAGAAGUUGAUCUGUUUGCCAGUAUACGAGCUAACAAAAGGGACAAACUAAAGCAAUGGAGCUUAUGGGUGUAAAAGUAAGUGUUCAUGUUUUUCCUGAUUAAGGAAAUCAUCUAUCAAAGCAGUUUGCUACGAUGCGGAGAAACAUGAAAAUUUAGGAAAAAAAUUACAAAUUUACUUCUCUAAAUGUAUAUCGUAAUAAUGAAUAUAGAUUAUCAGUCGCUGCAAGAUCAUGAAGUACCUAUCAAGUUCAGAAUUUAUUAUUUUUUUGUAACAAUCGCCCUCUAUUUUUCUUAGAGCAUCAGCUAGUUAUGUUUAGUACGUUAAGCUGCUACUGUCAUGGUUAAAAAGAGUUUUUUUUUUUGCAGUAACAAUCGUAUUUUAUGAUUCCUUCGCAAGCUUUUGUUGCUCAAUUAUUUCUUGAGGGCCUCUCUGAAGGGAGUCGGGGAGGGGAUG